AUGGUCAGUACCAACAAGGAUCGAGCGGAACACUUUCCCAACGUUAUCUUAUGCAAGCCAAGCGCCAAGCAACUGUUUAUCCGGAAUGUGAUCGGAGAUUGGAACGAAGAAACGCCGGACGCUCUCACAGUCACUCUACUUGGGCCCAGACAACAUCAUGUUCCUCCAAGUGACGACGACAUCGUGGCAGCAGCCAAGCGGCAUCUCAUCCAAUGCAUCUUCUUCUACGGCUUUGGCGCCUUGAUUGUAAAGACGUUGACCAAGCGACCAAAUCGCAUCACCAACCCCUCUCAAUCGAGCUGGCUAGGCACCUUAACAACACAAGCAAGCGCGUUUGGCCAUUUCUCCCUAAGAGACGACGAGGCCCUAGUAUUGACCCUGCGAACGGGUCACGCCUCGUACUGGGUAGUCCCAUUCACAUCCAUGGGAAUGAUCACCCUUCGUCCCGAUAGACAAAUCACGAGCACAAACAGUGUGCAAUCAAAGCAGAAUGAGGAUGGUGCGUACACAAUUGUUGUAUCAGACAUAGACGUCGGCGCUCCCAACUGGAUCACGACACAGGGUCGUACAAAUGGAACCGUCAUGGUACGGUGGCAUGGCUUACCAGCGGAUCAGACGAGCGCGGGAUCCGUUGCAGUUGAGAGUCGUGUGGUGAGGAGUGCAGUUUUGCAGAGUGUAUUGUGGACUUUGAAUGAACAUGUUGGUCCCGACGAGCGCAAUGCCCAGAACAAAGCUCGGCGAGAUGGAUAUGCGCGAUUGCAUUUCGCGCUCCCCGUGACGGACUCGCAGGAUGUGGAAGAGGCACGAGGAUUUGAUACUCUCGUCACAUCGCUGCAGUCGUGGUCAUAUUAUUUGAUCCAUCUCCCUUACUGUAGCGGCACCAAGAGGGAUCUAAAUCGACCGGACAGAUAUGAUUGA